CAACCAUGACACAACUCAACACUUAUCACACAAACUUAAAGAAAGAAAAAAAGAAGGAUGUUGAUUCCGAUCCAAUCUUAUUUCAUCUUAUUUCUUUCCCUUAUUUUCAACACUCUUGCUUCUCCUAGGCUCGAAAUGAAUGCUCUUUUGGAGUUCAAAAAUGAGUUCCCGUUAAGUGCACCAGACCCACAUGCUUCUUUUGCUUUCUCUUUUAGUUCGUGGAACACGAGCAGUGAUCACUGUUCCUGGAAAGGUGUCACCUGCAAUGCUAAUUCCGGUGAGGUGAUAUCACUCUUUCUUCAGUUCAUCUUUCUAAAUGGCUCUUUGAAAGCAAACAGUAGUCUUUUAAAACUCCAACAUCUUGAUAGCCUAACCCUUUCACAUUGCAAUCUCAUAGGAAAGAUUCCAUCUUCACUAGGAAAUCUUUCUCACCUCAUAGACCUUGACCUUUAUGGUAAUAACUUGGUUGGUGAAAUUCCAUAUUCACUAGGAAACUUGUCCCGUCUCACAAAUCUUCUUCUUGCUGAGAAUCACUUGAGAGGUGAAGUUCCGCCUACAAUUGGCAACCUAAACCAGCUAACAUUUAUGGUCUUGGCCUCAAACAACUUGAGUGGUAACAUUCCUAGUUCAUUUUCCAGUUUCAGCAAGCUGUCCUAUUUAGAUCUCUCAAAAAAUCAAUUCACCGGUGGAGAUUUACCUAGUAUACUAUCAAAUUUAACCAGCUUGUCCGAAUUAGACAUUUCCUAUAAUCACUUCAAAUCCAAGCUUCCAUCUAACAUGAGUGGACUCCAUAACUUGGAGGUAUUUGACGCAAAAGAAAACUCUUUUGUCGGGAAUGUCCCUAUAUCCCUGUUUACGAUUCCUUCACUAAAAGAGGUUUUUUUGAGUGGAAACCAGUUUGAGGGACCCUUAGAGUUUGGGAAUACAUCCUCAUCGUCUAAGUUAGAAUGGCUAAACCUUGCUUCUAACAACUUCAAUGGACCAAUCCCAGAAUCUAUAUCUGGAUUUCUCAAACUCGGUGUGUUAGAUCUUAGCAAUAACAGUUUCCUUGGGCCAAUCCCUGGAUCUAUGUCCCAAUUAGUCUCCCUAAGGGUUCUAGAUCUCUCCUACAAUAAGUUGGAAGGUCAAGUACCGAGUUUCUUGUGGAGGUUGCCUAAGUUGACGCUUUCUCAUAAUUCAUUCAGUAGCCUCGAGGAAGUUGUCGUCAAUGGAAGCUCCUCUGAUCUUAGUUCAAAUUCCCACGUUGAUCUUGGUUCAAACUCACUCCGAGGAUCAUUUCCCCGAUGGAUCUGUAGGUCUACAACAUUAGACUUCUUAGAUCUGUCAAACAACCAUUUCUCUGGUUCCAUUCCUUCAUGUUUGAUGAAUUCCACUGUUUUUUUGGGUGAUAUAAUUCUAAGAAACAACAACUUGAGUGGAUUCCUUCCAGAAAUCUUCACCAAUGCCACCAAGUUACGAUCCCUAGACGUUAGCCGUAACCAGUUAUCGGGGAAGCUUCCAAAAUCUUUGAUCAACUGCAAGUCCAUGGAAUAUCUGAAUCUGAAAGGAAACAAGUUCAAGGACACGUUUCCAUCUUGGUUGGGAUCUUUGGUAUCAUUACGUGUUCUGUUUCUCGGAUCAAAUGCAUUUUAUGGUCCAUUAAUCUCUUCACACUUCGGGUUUCCAAGUUUGCGAGUCAUUGAUAUAUCGCACAAUAGCUUCAAUGGAACAUUGCCACACGAUUACUUUGUGAACUGGCAUGAAAUGUCAUCAGUGUGGGUAGAUGAAACUAAAUGGCCUCUGCCUGAGGAUCCUAUAUAUCAAGGCAGCCCAUUUACCAUGGGCGGAGAAAACAUUUUUGAUGAUUCGAUGGAUAUGAUGUAUAAAGGUGUAGACACAAAGUUUCCACGGAUAUUUCGUGCGUUCAAAGCCAUCGAUUUUUCUGGAAAUAAAUUCACUGGACAGAUCCCUAAAUCAAUUGGCCUGUUGAAGGAAUUGAUUCUUGUCAACUUUUCAAGAAAUGCAUUUACAGGCAGUAUCCCUUCAUCCUUGGCAAAUAUAACACAUCUAGAGGCACUAGAUCUCUCUCACAACAAGCUUUCAGGUAAUAUUCCUCGUGAUCUUGCCAAACUCUCCUUCAUAUCAUACUUGGACUUCUCCCACAACCUUCUCCAAGGUCCAGUUCCACGAAGCACUCAGUUUCAAAGACAACAUUGUUCUUCGUUCGAAGAUAACCCUGGACUCUAUGGUCUCGAGGAAAUCUGUGGACCUGUCCAUGUUCCGGAACCUACAUCAGGAGAUUCACAACAAUCCAAGGAACUUUCAACCGAAGAGUCAGUAGAAGUGUUGAGCUGGAUAGCAGCUGCAAUAGCCUUCGGACCUGGUGUGUUCUGUGGACUGGUGAUCGGACAGAUCUUCUUCACUUCACACAAACACAUAUGGUUGGUGGAAAAGUUCAGUCGAAACUAAAAACGUGGCAUCAUCACUGUUCGUUAAGCCCACCAGUCUAAACUUUGUUUCCUUAAGCGUCUUGUAAGUCUGUACUUCCAAUAACUGGUUCGUCAAAAUGUUGUGUUUGUAAUUUUGGUUCCAUUAAACAUUGUUGGUGUUUUGUUGUAAUGGUAAAAUUUGAAGUUUUAUUUGACAGACUUAUACUUGUCUGCGAA